AUGAGCUAUUGGAUCAAGUUAGGCAUUAUACCUGUGAUCAUACUGGUGCUAACUGAAGGAACAGUAGGUGUAUUGCUCUUUGGAGAGGUGUUCAGUGAAGUGUUCGGUGAGGGAUUCGGUGAAGUGUUCAGUGAGGGGUUCGGUGAAGGGUUCGGUGAGGGGUUCAGUGAGGGGUUCGGUGAGGGAUUCGGUGUAGUAUUUGGUGAGGUUUUCGGUGAGGGGUUCAGUGAAGGGUUCGGUGAAGUGUUCAGUGAGGGGUUCGGUGAGGCAUUCAGUGAAGGAUUCGGUGAGGGGUUCAGUGAGGGGUUCGGUGAGGGAUUCGGUGAAGUGUUCAGUGUGGGGUGCGUUGAGGGGUUCAGUGAAGGGUUCGGUGAAGUGUUCAGUGAGGGGUUCGGUGAGGGGUUCAGUGAAGGGUUCGGUGAGGGGUUCAGUGAGGAGUUUGGUGAGGGGAUCGGUGAGGUGUUUUGUGAAGUGUUCGGUGAGGGGUUCGGUGAAGUGUUCUGUGAGGUGUCCGAUAAGGGGUUCGGUGAGGUGUCCGGUAGCGGAUUCGGUGAAGUGUUUGGUGAGGUUUUCGGUGAGGGGUUUGGUGAUGGGUUCGGUGAGGUGUUUUGUGAAGUGUUCGGUGAGGGGUUCGGUGAAGUGUUCGGUGAGGGGUUCGGUGAGGUGUCCGAUAAGGGGUUCAGUGAGGUGUCCGGUAAGGGAUUCAGUGAAGUGUUUGGUGAGGUUUUCGGUGAAGUGUUUGGUGAGGGGUUCGGUGAGGUGUUUUGUGAAGUGUUCGGUGAGGGGUUCGGUGAAGUGUUCGGUGAGGGGUUUGGUGAGGUGUCCGAUAAGGGGUUCGGUGAGGUGUUCGGUGAGGUGUCCGGUAAGGGAUUCGGUGAAGUGUUUGGUGAGGUUUUCGGUGAAGUGUUUGGUGAGGGGUUCGGUGAGGUGUUUUGUGAAGUGUUCGGUGAGGGGUUCGGUGAGGUGUUCGGUGAAGUGUUCGGUGAGGGAUUCGGUGAGGGGUUCGGUGAGGUGUCCGGUAGCGGAUUCGGUGAAGUGUUUGGUGAGGUUUUCGGUGAGGGGUUUGGUGAGGGGUUCGGUGAGGUGUUUUGUGAAGUGUUCGGUGAGGGGUUCGGUGAAGUGUUCGGUGAGGGGUUCGGUGAGGUGUCCGAUAAGGGGUUCAGUGAGGUGUCCGGUAAGGGAUUCAGUGAAGUGUUUGGUGAGGUUUUCGGUGAAGUGUUUGGUGAGGGGUUCGGUGAGGUGUUUUGUGAAGUGUUCGGUGAGGGGUUCGGUGAAGUGUUCGGUGAGGGGUUUGGUGAGGUGUCCGAUAAGGGGUUCGGUGAGGUGUUCGGUGAGGUGUCCGGUAAGGGAUUCGGUGAAGUGUUUGGUGAGGUUUUCGGUGAAGUGUUUGGUGAGGGGUUCGGUGAGGUGUUUUGUGAAGUGUUCGGUGAGGGGUUCGGUGAGGUGUUCGGUGAAGUGUUCGGUGAGGGAUUCGGUGAGGUGUCCGAUAAGGGGUUCAGUGAGGGGUUCGGUGAGGUGUUCGCUGAGGGGUUCAGUGAGGUGUUCGGUGAGGGGUUCAGUGAGGUGUCUGGUGAGGGGUUCGGUGAGGGGUUCAGUGAAGGGUUUGGUGAGGUGUCCGGUGAGGAGUUUGGUGAGGUGUUCGGUGAUGGGUUCGGUGAGGUGCCCAGUGAGGUGUCUGGUGAGGGGUUCAGUGAGGGGUUCAGUAAGGUGUUUGGUGAGGGGUUCAGUGAGGUGUUCGGUGGAUAACUGGAAGCUUCAGAUGUCAUGUUAGUAUCAGUGAUUCCAGAGCCUGGUGUGGCCUGUUCUGUUAUAGCGGAGGCGCUUGAACUGUCUGGACUCAUGGUUGGAGAUGUUGUGUUCUGAACUAAAAUAGAUGUCGGUAUUGGGCUGUAAGAAGCAGUUGUGCUAUUCGAUGUCUCCCCCCACACAUUAGAGGGCAGACU